AGGUCAGUUCCUGGCCAGCAGGGGGCGGUAUCUCUCCACAGUGACGUCAUCACUGCUUCGCCGGGCGGGAUUUCCGCAAUAAUAAUAUCAUCCAGUAUGGCGAAGACUUACGACUAUCUGUUUAAACUACUGCUAAUCGGAGACUCCGGCGUCGGGAAGACCUGUGUCCUCUUCAGGUUUUCAGAAGACGCCUUCAACUCCACGUUCAUCUCCACCAUAGGCAUUGAUUUCAAGAUCAGGACGAUAGAGCUGGACGGCAAGAAGAUAAAGCUACAGAUAUGGGAUACGGCUGGUCAGGAGCGUUUCCGAACAAUCACAACAGCCUACUACAGAGGAGCAAUGGGCAUCAUGCUCGUCUACGACAUCACCAACGAGAAGUCUUUUGACAACAUCAAGAACUGGAUAAGGAACAUAGAGGAGCAUGCAUCAUCUGAUGUUGAGAAGAUGGUCCUUGGCAACAAGUGUGACAUCAACGACAAGCGGCAGGUGUCCAAAGACAGGGGGGAGAAGCUCGCGUUAGAGUAUGGAAUAAAGUUCAUGGAGACCAGUGCAAAGGCCAACAUCAACGUGGAAAAUUCAUUUUUGACACUCGCCAGAGACAUCAAAUCAAAAAUGGACACAAAAUUGGAGGGCAACACGCCGCAGGGGAGCAGUCAUGGAGUCAAGAUCUCCGAGCCUCAGAAAAAGACCAGCUUCUUCCGCUGUAGCCUACUCUGAGGACCGAGGCCUUCGACACUGGCUGCCAGCUGGCUGGACAUAAAUGGACUGUGCUUGCUCUCAGCACUUCCUUCCCCUUCCUUCUUUCUACCCAUCCAUGGCCUGUCCUCCCAGUCCACACAAACCAUUAUAUUCCCAGUAAGGGGAGGACUUCCCUUCCUCUCUUCCUCUUCUGAAAGCUUCCAGUGGUGCAUCUCUUCCAUUUAAAGGAGAUCCGUUGUCUUCAUGGGUCAGAGUGCUUUGACUGGUAGAGGACUCCGCCAGGAGCAUUGUCCAGAUGUUAAUGUCAAGGUUUUGGGAUUGCAAAUACAAAUGUGAUAUUUAGAUCUAUUUUUAUUAGUGCCCUUUCCCCUUUUAAGUGAUAAAUGUCAACCAGAGACCGAUAGGCUUGAACUUUAGAGAAACAGAGUUGCGCAUACUUUCAUUUUCUUUUCAGGAGUUGAGAAUCAUAUCACGCAUCAGGCAGUCAAGGAUCAGAGAGGAAAUUGGAUUGUUUGGGUUUCCAUUUGAGUUCUGCUCUUUGGUUUGCAUGUAGUCCUUGACAAUCAUUUGAUGCGACUUAAAACGCGUGUUUCAUCUUGUCCUGAUCAUUACAUACUGCCACACACAGCUUUCAAGUGUUGGAAGACAGUUUGACAACACAAGGCCUAAAAAUAUAAUUCAGAUCUCUGCCUCUGUAGAUAAACGUCUGCUUUCAAAUUAUCAGCAGAACAUUGGCGAGGUGACGUGUUUCUGCGUAGGCUUUCUCUGGCGUAGUAACCUGCAGGCAAAUAUUGUACAAUGUGGUGUGAAAGUAAUAAUGUGCUACCCAUAUGUAAGUACGCUAUUUAGGAAAAUAUCAGAAUGUGCACGUUGUCUAAUAUAAAUAAUCCUACAAAUUUGAGCACAGUUUAAUAAGAUAGGGCUGCAUUUAGAGGGUUUUUUUAUCAUUGAUUAUUCUUCCACUUAUUUUCUUGAUUAAUUUGUUUGGUCUAUAAAACGUCAGAAAAUAGUGAAAAUUGCCUGUUAAAGUUUCCUAAAGCCCAAGAUGACAUCUUCAAAUGUCUCAUUUUGUCCUAUCAACAGUCCAAAACAUUCAGUUUACUAUCACAUAAAACAAAGAAAAGCAGCAACUCCUCACAUUUCAGAAGCUGGAACUGGCGAAUGUUUGUUGUUUUUGCUUGAAAAUUGACUUAACUCGAUUAUCGAAAUAGCUGCCAAUUUAUUCUCUCUCAGUUGACUGCUUGUUUCAGCUCUCAAUAAGAUUACUCCAAAGUGUUGCCUUUAAUUUGACUUGAAGGUUUUGUUGCAGCUCUGAUUCACGGUCAAGCUAAAUGACGUCUCCGGAUAUUUGAUCAGCAAAUAAAAUCCCUCUUGAAGUUUCGCACUGUAAGCCCCUUCUCCCCUUCCUGCUAUCCACGCAGCUCUCCUUGCACUUUACCAGUAACUCGUGUUUUGUGUGUAGUCUGUGCCAGGUGAUAGUUUUGCAAUACAAUUACUUAGUUAAACAAACGUUUGGAGUCUUGGUAAUAUAAUGGGCAUAUAAUUCCUAAAAUAUUUUACUACACCUACUUCUAAAUCUCCUUUGCUAUUUCACUGCUAGUGAUCCACUGUCCUGGUGUUGGUUCACUGAAAAACAUUGCCCUUAUGUGCUUAUAUAUAUUUAUAAAACGGAAAAAGAAUUAGCAAGCCUCUGUUACUAUGCUACUGCCCUGUCAAAUUAUAGUUUAAAAGUGAUGUUUUCUUGGCUUCUUACAUGAACGCUGGCUUAACCGAAGCUGCAAGGUGGUCCCAUUAGUAUUAUUGUACACUUUCUAUCGUGUGUUUGUGUUGUUGGAUUGUGGCGCUUUAGUUUGACCACUAGGUGGCACCACAGGCACAGUAUGCACUGUAGGUCACCACCCGAAUUUAAUAUUUUAAUCAGUAUUUUAUUAAGAGCCACAGUGAACUAGUGCGAUUCAAACAUGUACCCACUGUUUAACAUAGAUGUUGAGUCUCAAUCUAUUUCCACUGUUCCUCAUGUUUCAUUCCUUCAUGUGUUACUAGUCUGAAAAUCAAACUCCUAUAUGCACAAUAUCGAGGGAGGAUCUGCUUUUGCUUGCCUGCACUUUCUUUCUUCUUUUUUUUAAUAUCAAAUAAUUUGGGACCUCAUGAUUACCAUGGCCAUUUGUCUUAACCGCUAAUACUCAGUUCUGUCAUAGGUGAGCUAUGCAUUGUGAAUCUUGGACCUGUGCAUAUGUGUGUAAUGUAAUUUUCAGACAUACUUGUAGACCUGUACAGUUGAAUGUAUGGGCGUUUUGUUUUGUGUCAUUCACUGAGCCAAACACAGGACUCUGUUUGUAGAAAUUGCAUUGCUACAACAAUAUAGCAUGAUGGAAUAGUCAGUAGGAAGACGUUGAAUUGUGGAGCUAGUGCUGUUGUCUCAUCGAGUGAUACUGUAGCUUUAAGUCAUAAACAGAAACAUAUAGGGAGCAGACGUUUGUGGGAGUCAGAACUGCAUCGCUUUCAGCUGAAAUGCUCCCUCUUUGAUUUUGUUUUUAAAUCAUAUCCUUUAAUAAUAUACUGUACAUCCCUUUUUACAGCCAUAUUUUCAUUCCAUCGAUUGUGAAGUACACAGGGAGAAUAAUACAAUACAUUUUGAAAAAAAAAAAGAAGUGAAAAAAACAUUGUAAAUAUCACAUUGAGAAAAAAAAAAAAGAUCUACUUAAAUUGUACUGUACUUUCUAAACCCAUAUGAAAAUGUAUCUACAAUUUGUAGAUAUGUGUACUUUUGAUUUAAUAAAAUAAGAUUAUAAAACAUACUUUAUUUCUAUUCCAAGUCUUUAUUGGCCGGCUGUCAGAGGAAACUACGCUAUCAGUUGACCCCAUGCUCCCACAAUGGAGCUUUCAUGACAAAUGGCUCUCCUUUUAUUGGCCCGCAACGACCCACUGGAAUAUUCUGGCAUGUGUCUCUUUUAUAGUCUGGUGUAACUGAACCCCUUUAGAUACAAAACACAAAUCUACUGUUGAUGGUCAUAACUAAUGAGCCUUGUCUUGAUGGAUUGGUUUAUGCCUCCACGUGAUGAUAGAUCUGCAGUCACAACAUGACUGGUGUUAUUUCUGCAGCUGCGAUAAUAAAAGAAAAAGUGGA